AUGUGCUUCGUGCUAUUUACACUUGUUUAUCAAUACUGGAUAGUGGUCUUGUUUGCAGUGCAUUAUUUGAUCUCCGUUGCACAUAUCGUCUUCUUACAGCCUCUGGAAACGGGAUCGAAUUGCAAAUUUCUGGAAGUGGGCCUGAUCGCUAUCUGUGCAGCAGUUCAUCUUUUCGCACCGUACAACAUGGCUGAGGGUCGAACACGUUACAGAUACAUCGUGGCCUAUUGUAUAGAAGCGAUCGAAAUUGUUGUGCUGGUAAAUAUGGUCACUUACUGUGAACAGUACAGCUUUCCAUACAGCAGAUUUAUAGCGAUCGGAACAUAUUUGUCAUUUUUAUUGGGAAUUUUCUUUAUGCUUAUUUACUACGGUCGUUGCCAUCCAAAUCUACUACAGCAUGAGGAAAAUGAUGCUCCGGAUUCAUGUUCAUCUACACGUUACGAAACAGCCCUAUCGCAUCUGAACGAGGAAGGAGGAAGCCAAACAAGCGGAUUCUCUCAGUGUCUCUCAUCGUGA